CCUACCCCAACCCCGGUCGGAACAAGCAUGAAGUUGAAUCCAUCCACCGUUCUCAUUACCGGAGCAAAUCGAGGACACGGCCUGGAAUUUGUAAAACAGUUUCUUAGCUUACCAUCUGCACCUAAGCUUUUAUUUGCUACAUGUCGUGACUUCCAUACUUGUUUGAAUCUACAGGAGCUUAUACCACACAAUCCAAAUUUAAAAGUAAUAAAACUAGAUGUAGAUGAUGAAAUGUCCAUCAAGGAUGCCUUCAAAACAGUAGAAGGCUACCUACAGGGUCAUGGUCUCAACUUGCUGAUAAACAAUGCAGGCGUACUGGAAGAAGGUGGAAUCAGCGACACAACAGGAGACAGCAUGAUGAGACUCUUCAGAACCAACGCAGUCGGCCCAUUCCUUGUGGCACAGACAUUUCUUCCAGCCCUUAAUCGGGCAGCCAAAUUAAACCCAUCUACCGGAAUGAGUUGUAACAAAGCAGCCAUUGUGAAUAUUUCCAGCGUUGUAGCCUGCUUUGACCAAAAUUACAAUGGAAGCUUGUACGCAUACAGAUGUUCCAAGGCUGCUCUGAACAUGAUAACGAAGACGCUGAGUGUGGACCUAAAGGACAACCUUGUCUUGUCGGUGUCCCUAGACCCAGGCUGGGUCCAGACAGACAUGGCACCCAUGGCUCACACACUUCCCCGUGACAGGGUGCACGACAUGAUCAAGGUGAUGGGCGUCAUGAAUGAAUCAUCAAACGGCUUGUUCUUCCACGCCGAGGGAUUCCUCAUUCCAUGGUGAUUCUUCAGCCACAGAUUUCUCAUCACUAAUACAGUGCACCGUGCCACACUCUCUGUACCAAUAUAUACACGAUGAAUUCAUUAUAGUGAUUAAUUCAUUAUGGCAAUGAAUUAAUUAUAACAUAUAACAUAUAAUAGCUGCCCUUCUCGAUUUUCAUGUAUAGUUUGUUUUCCCAUAAAAAAUUUGUUUCCCCAUAAAAAAUUUGUUUCGUUUAACGACACUAUUAGAGCACAUUGAUUUAAUAAUCAUCGGCUAUUGGAUGUCAAACAUUUGGUAAUUUUUACAGUCUAAGAGAGAAAGCCUGGUAUAUUUUUUCAUGAAUAGCAAGGCAUCUUUUAUAUGCACCAUCACACAGACAGAAUGGCACAUACCACAGCCUUUGAUUACCAGGGUUUUUUCCCAUAAAGCAGCAAAGUAAAUUCUAUAUGUCUUUGAAGAGGCUGUCCCAAGUUUAUUGCCAUUGUUAGAAUACUGCUAACACGUGCCUUUGUAACAGCUACAAUUUCUUAUUGAAUACAGCUUCUUGUUUUGAAUGUCAUUGUCUGUAUAUCCAGUGUAUUUCUGAAUGAUCUAAUGUUUGUAGUAGUCCCAGUUUCAUUCAUUUUGUUUCAUAAUGUAUAUUUUAUCAUAUUUAUGAAAGUAUUGGCUGAUGAAAUGCAGUUUAGGCUACUCCAGCCAUUAGGAUGAUAUUAAACACUGAUAAAUGUAUUUAAUAUGUGAUUUUAGUAAUUACAAGGCUCUAAGCUCUAUUAGUCAGAAAUAGUUUACAGUGGCAGGUACAGGGUUCGCAUCCCGGUACCAGCUCCGACCCUGAGCGAGUUUUAACAACUCAAUGGGUAGAUGUAAGACCACUACACCAAUGUCUCUCUCACUAACCACUAACAACUAACCCACUGUCCUGGACAGACAGUCCAGAUAGUGGAGGUGUGUUCCCAGGACAGCAUGCUUGAACCUUAAUUGGAUAUAAGUGGCAACAAACUGUAAAUGUUCAGGUAAAAUACACAUACAUGCUAUUGUAAUUUACCAAGAUGGACUGAAAGUAAUUUAGAAUUAAACAUGUACCUAUUUAUUUAUUAUCACCUCCUUGUCGAUGUUUGAAAACAUGAAUAUUUGUUCAGAGGUUUUUUUUUUUCUUCUUUUUGUUUUAUUAUUAUUAUAUUCUGAAGCUGUUCAGAGUUAAAUACAUGCGUUCAGAAUGGACUUUAAUCAGCUUUAGAGUUUUUCCCAUGAUGCACCAUUCUUUGAUUUGUUUGAAGUGUUAUAUACCAUCUAGGUCACAUUCAGAUGCAGUUCGCUACAAUCUAGGUUGCAUUCAAAGGCUGUUAACUGUUUAAACUUGUGAUGGGAUCGGAGUCUUUGCAAAAUUCCUUUGUCAGAGACCAUGUAUAACAGAGCUUUUUUAACAACUAAAAUUUCAGAUUAAACAUUAGGGGUGGGGGCAAAGACAUGCUUUAUUUAACGACGCACUCAACACAUUUUAUUUACUGUUUUAUGGCGUCAGACAUAUGGUUAAGGACCACACAGAUUUUGAGAGGAAACCUGUUGUCACCACUAGAUGGGCUACUCUU